GUAUGCAUUGGACAAUGGACCUGCACCAGCAAUAUUGAGGAUCACAGACAAUUUCACUUCUAUAGAGAGAAUCGGUAAAUCGUCUGCAAUUAAUCUAUCGACCAUGACAUUCGACCGGCAUGGAUCCCAUCUCUUCACGGUGGAUGUGGUCAAAGGUACCCUUGAGACCUGCGACCCGAUCGGAGAAGACCAAGAUGUUCUCUUAACCUACCAGGAUACACAGCCAGUUGACAUAGAAUGGUACCGAGGUUCGCCAUUCUGGACGGAUGCAGGCUCGUACAAGGGUAUCGGAUUCAUGGCGCAGAGAGGAGGCCCAUCCACAGGGGUUACCAACUUACAACAGUUCCAGAGAGGAGCAGGGGUAUAUGUUUACCAUGGCAUUGCCUAUGAACGUCUGGGAGGGGAAGAUUGCCUGGAAGAUGAAUUCCCAUGUAACGAAACGCUCUGCAUACCAAUAUCAUGGAGAUGUGAUGACCUUGUUGACUGUGAGGGCGAGAUGGAUGAAAUAGACUGCUAUUCUGAAUCUGAUUCCAUAGUGUUUGUGAGCGAUCUAGACACCAGUGCAAUAUUCAUGGCAACGACUACAAACCUCAGCUUUACAAAACUUCCCCUGAUUGAUCUACAAACGCCAACAGCCGUUGAUUAUGACCCGGUCGAUAAUAUGAUUUAUUGGGCGGAUAGUCAAGAUGGUUCGAUAAGCUCUGCCUACCUCGAUGGGACGAAUCAACAGAAAAUUGUAACAGAGUUAGGAACACCUGAUGGACUUUUCUUUGAUGUUCAAACAAAGAUGAUAUACUGGACCGAUGUAGGUCUUAGCAACUUGGGGUCGAUGCAUUCAAAUGGUACUGGUAGGAGAGAGCUUCUUACUAACCUGGAUAAACCGAGGGCGAUAAUCAUCGUAUCAAUCAACAGUACUUUAAGAAUGAUUUACUGGACGGAUUGGGGUGAUAUUCCUAAAAUCGAACUGUGCGACCUCAACGGUGAGAAUCGGCAAGUCGUUAUCGGCAAUGAGCUUGGAUGGCCUAAUGGACUUACCUAUGAUAGAAUAGAUUCACGCCUCUUUUGGUGUGACGCUCUCCUUGAUAAGAUCGAAUCAUCUGACCUUUACGGGAAUGACCGGAAACUCCUCCUAGAUAAUUCACACGGUGUUCUACAUCCAUUUGAUAUUAUCUUCCACCAUGGGGCUGUCAUGUGGACCGAUUGGAACUGUGAUUGCAUUGGUGUCCGUGAGGGGUCUCCCUAUGCAUGGCCGAAGACAUAUCUCCUACCAGGGGGACCCUUUACACGGCCAGGGGGCUUCCAUGUCUUUGAAGGUAUGUGUGAGUUUAUAAAGACCUUCUGAGGACAUUCUCUUAUAUUUCAACUGUUAACCGGAGACAUCCUACAAUUAAUCGGUGACGUCCCUGGCCCUUUAAAAAUUAUGACAACCGAUUCCUCAUCUCAUUUUUAAACCUGUUUAUGUAGUAAACGAAUGAUUUGUAAAAAGUUCAUGUUCGGCCAGUUAUUCAAGUCAAGUUUUUUGUAUAACUGGUAGGAAAUGUCCUCGGAAAGCAAACUUUGUUAGUGUAUGAAAUGCCACAUCUCAUUGUUUUCUACCUCAAUAACGUACAUAUUGUCCCAAAACAAUUCAUACAAAUUUAUUGUAUGCUCGCUCACAAAAUAUCUUUUCUGAAUGAAUAACGUACAACUUUUGCCGCAUGAUACGCAAUCUGGCACACCAUAAAUGUUGGUUUUAGUAUUGAGUUAGGGAUAAAUAAACCAUUGCAAUGAUAAGAGUCAUAGCCAUUGGUGGAAAUCACUUUGAUAUUGUUCAGAUGUUGAUCAAUUUCACUUCGCUAGACAUGAUGUUAUGUAACAAAGAUUGAGUUAAAGAAUAUCUAGACUACGGGUACGUUUACAAAGAAUUACGAUACAAAUGUUUUUUUUGAAAGCUCGAGCAGAACUCCCAUUUGUCUUUUAAGUUUUCUUGAAUUAUUUAUUUAUUUUCUUGUUUAUUCAUUUAUUUAUGU